UCCGGGGAGACCGGAUAUAGUGAAUGCAGGGUCCGGGGAGACAGAUAUAGUGAAUGCAGGGUCCGGGGAGACCGGAUAUAGUGAAUGCAGGGUCCGAGGAGACCGGAUAUAGUGAAUGCAGGGUCCUGGGGAGACCGGAUAUAGUGAAUGCAGGGUCCGGGGAGACCAGAUAUAGUGAAUGCAGGGGUCCGGGGAGACCGGAUAUAGUGAAUGCAGGGUCCGGGGAGACCAGAUAUAGUGAAUGCAGGGUCCGGGGAGACCAGAUAUAGUGAAUGCAGGGGUCCGGGGAGACCAGAUAUAGUGAAUGCAGGGUCCGGGGAGACCAGAUAUAGUAAAUGCAGGGUCCGGGGAGACCAGAUAUAGUGAAUGCAGGGUCCGGGGAGACCAGAUAUAGUGAAUGCAGGGUCCGGGGAGACCAGAUAUAAUGAAUGUAGGGUCCGGGGAGACCAGAUAUAGUGAAUGCAGGGUCCGGGGAGACCAGAUAUAGUGAAUGCAGGGUCCGGGGAGA